AUGACACCAAAUCUUUGUGAAACAUGUCAAAAGUUCAAUCUUCGCAAACUCUUCCUGGAUUCCGCCGCACAAAACGCGACGUCGGCUAGGGGUGCUAUAAGUGGAUAUCAAAACAUCGACCUGCAGGUACGACCCGGCAUACCGGAAUUCUACAAACACCACAGCAGCACCGCUGCUUUAAAAGCUUCCUCGGAAUUGGGAUGUGAACUUUGUAGCUUGAUAUGGACAACCAAGCCAAAGAAAGAGCAAGAUGUCACUGUUGAUCGUUGGCUCGACGAGACUGGCCAAGACAGCAUUGCACAUCAGGAAAGUAAUUUUAUUGGAAGGCCAAUAUCUGCCCAAUCAGAUUCUGCUGACUGCUACGAGCUGGCUAAGCAAUGGUUGAGGGUUUGCUCGAAAGAUCAUCACGAUUGUGGCCCCAUCAAAACUCGAUGUCCUACACGCCUCAUCAAUGUAGGCUCUGCAGACUCUAAUCCGUUUCUGGACGACAAUCCCGAUCGUGGUGACUGCGAAUGGGUAGCACUCAGCUAUUUGUGGGGUGGAAAUGGUUACCUGAAGUUGGAAGAACCAACAUAUCAAAGCCUCAAGAGUGGUAUUCCCGUGGAAGACUUUCCAGAAACUCUGCGAGAUGCAGUUCUGACCACACGAGAAAUUGGGUUAAAAUACGUUUGGAUCGAUGCUUUGUGCAUCCGUCAAGACAGCACAGAUGAUUGGAAGGCCGAGGCAGGGCGCAUGAGAGAUGUCUACGCAGGCGCGACACUCACAAUUGUCGCUGCGAAUUCCAAUUCGACCAGCGCUGGAAUACAUUUUCCUCGCCCAGAAAAUGUUUGCGCCACUGCACAAUGUUCAUUACCUUGGGAUUCCGAAACAAGCGUCUCACUUCGCUUGGUGUCUCAUAUAUCUCGUCAGGAUGCGAAGUCAAGCUUGUGGUACACUCGUGGGUGGACAUUCCAAGAAGGGUUGUUGUCACCACGAGUAUUAUCGUAUGGCAAGGAUCAGAUGACAUGGGAAUGUGCAUAUCAUAUUGAGGAUGAAAGUGGCCGUGUUGGGCUUUUGGACCAAAAAUACGACAGCAAAGAUCUUUUACACAAGUUACGAAAGAAACAAACAAAUAGAAUGAGUCGCGCCAUGCAAUCUUUGACUUUGCAAACCUACACAUUUCUUUCCGAAGUUGACAACCAAAGAGCCAAAUUAGGCUUUCCUCCUCAAAGAAUUUCAGCAACUGGAGUCAAUAUACAAGAAAGCUGGGGCAUGGAUCCAUAUUUGAGAUGGUCUGAAAUGGUUGAACAAUUCUCAAUCAGGAAUUUGACAUAUAAGUCAGAUGUUUUACCUGCCCUCGCUGGUAUUGCGCGGGAAUUUUCGACGAUUACCAAAGAUACCUACCUUUCUGGGAUGUGGAGAUCCUACAUACUUGCCAGUCUACUUUGGAGCAGGCAAGCAUUGAGGAGAUAUACCAGAAUAUCCGGGACCAAAAUUGACCUCGAAUUCUAUACACAUAUUGAUUGGAAGAAACGUGAGACUUAUUUAGCCCCUUCGUGGUCCUGGGCAAGUCUCAAUGCUGGAAGAGCAUCGUUGCAUCCGUACCCAUUCGCGGAUGCUGCCGUACAACACUUAGCUGCCUUGGUCGACUUUCAACUUCGCCAUGCAGGAACGGAUAUAUUUGGUCCCCUUGAGCCAGGUAGCGCCUUAAUCAUGAAAGGAAUUUUAUUUCCAAUACACAACUUGGCGAAAAAUUACUGGAGAUUUUCUGAUCCCCCUGAGCCGCUUCCAAAAUUUCGCGAGAGAUUUGGUAAGGAGAGCCUUGAAAGUACUCAUUCUGGGUCAUGGCCUGCAUUAGAAGAAUACAUCCAAGAAUGGAUAAACGACGCUGGUCACGCGAGUUUCGAAUUCGAACAGCAACAUAUUCCACAUCCAAACCAGAAAUUCGGCGCAUUCCUCCUUGCGCACAUCGAAGGCAUUGCAGAUGCCAUCGAUCAUUUCCCACUAGUCGGCAAUCUAGCAUUUCUUCUCGUCGAAUCGACAGGAAAUGCUGACAACGAGUACCGGAGAGUCGGUGUAAUGAAUAUUAAUAGAUCUAACGCAUAUUCAAGUACCAGCGAAGCGAUCAGGACACUUUCCGAGGCAAAAAAGGCGGAAAGAAGAGGCGAAUAUUCCUGGACAGUAGCACCUGUUUCUCCAAUGAAUAAGCUCAUCACAAAGCUAUGGCAAGAAAAGCCAAAGGAAUUCCCAAACCGAACGACAAUCCGUUUAGUGUGA